GGAGUCUGACCAUCAAUUCAAUUCAAUCAAUUCAAUUCAACCGAAUCCAAUCAAAUCUCGACUUGGUUUGCCCUUCAUUGGCGCCUGAAAUCGGAUCCAUUUCACGACGAGAAUCUAUCCACGUGCGGAUUCAUAUUUCUUGGCCUCCAACGGUCUCUCCAAACGAGUUGUGCUUGAGGGAGAAAAAUAUGUUUUAAUUAUCACCAAACCUGAUCUUGCCCUAACCUACAAGCUCACGGAGAUUUUUGAAGUUAUCGGGUCUCUCUCAGGUCUGUAUCAUCGAAAGGUUCGACUCGCAUCUAGAGUGUCUCACAUGUACUGUGAUCGCCUCAAUAGAGUGUUGUAUAUCCAUAGUACUUUUUGGUGACUCUGGCAAGGCUGCGAAACCACCUGAGGAUACUUUGGGAUUUCCAGUUGCGACGAAAUUAUCUUUUGAGGGGCAUCGAGAUAAAUUCUCAUCACCAUUUGUUCUACAGAUUCGUUUGUCUGCAAUAUUGUCGUCGCGAAGGACUUUUCAGCAUGGCGGCAGAAAAUCUUGACACCAAUAAAAUUAAAGAAUGGCGAUCUAUAAUCACUCUCAUUGUUUUUGUCAUAACUAAUAUCAUCGUUCUUUUCCCGUUUCAUAUUCCAGUAUAUGUUCCCCGAAAAUUAUCAAACGCUUUUCUGGAUACCUUGAGUCAUUUGCGAUUGAUCUCGCCAAGGGAGGAAGAUCACCAGCAUGAUCACCAAGAUGGCGAAAGUGGAAAAGUCUCGCGUUUCGUUAAAUUGAACUUCCCUUUGAAUUUCGUGACAGCACCUUUGAUAGCAGAUCUCUUUCUGCUCGCUAUCUUGGCAAUCGGCCGACAAGAAGUACACGAUGGGACAGUUGGGGCAAAUAGUAUCAAUCCGAUUGAUAUUAUGGUUUUCUUCAUUACCCUAGCAUACAUUGCCAUUUCGAUCGAUGCUUCUGGUCUCAUCAGAUAUCUGGCUUUCAAAGUGCUUCAAAAGGGAGGUAAAGUUGGACAUAGACUGUUCUUCUUCCUUUACGCAUUCUUUUUCUGCCUGGGGGCCUUCAUCGGAAAUGAUCCCAUUAUUCUGUCCGGUACUGCAUUUCUUGCUUACUUGACUAGAGUAUCGAGUAAUAUUGUUCACCCAAGAGCAUGGAUUUUCUCUCAGUUCGCAAUCGCCAAUAUUGCUUCGGCCAUUCUUGUCUCUUCUAACCCAACCAAUCUUGUAUUAGCUGGCGCAUUUGGUAUCAAGUUUAUCAAUUACACAGCGAACAUGAUUGUUCCAGUCGUUGCAACAGCGAUCGUUUUAUUCCCAUUCUUGCUAUAUAUCGUCUUCGCUGACGAGGCUCUGAUUCCACUUUCGAUCAAAAUGCACGAGCUCUCUGAGGAAGCCAAGGCCAAGAAGCCUGUAAAUCCGAAUAUCCCCAAUGCUAAAGGAAGCUCCGGCGAGGAACAGGAGAAUGAGCCCUCGGAAAACAAGCAACUUUCUCUCGAGGAAAUUAUGAAUCCUUUUGUUGAUAAGAAAGGCGCAGCUUUUGGAGCUAUUCUCAUGGCCGUAACACUCAUUAUGGUUUUGGUUCUUAAUGCUAUUAGUCAGAGUAAAGGCGAAUAUCCAGUGUUCUGGGUGACUUUGCCAGCGGCCUUUGUGAUGUUUGUUUGGGAGAUUUCAUUAGGGUGGAUUAACCGACAUGAAACACGCGAGAUCGCUCGCAAUGGACGACACGAAUUCGAACUUGCCCGAGCCGAGCGAGAGAUCAAAGAAGAGCAAGAAGCGAGUCAAGUCAUCUCGGAACAGGAGAAGCGAGAUAUUCCAAGUCCGAAUGGAGCUUCUUUAAAGUUGACAAAAUCGCCCGAAGAGUUCGAGAUGAAGUUAAUAGAGGGCGAAAAUGACCCAGGGAAUAGCCGAACCCCCACGCUUUUGGUGUCGGAAAGUUUCAAUGCGCAAACACAAAAACAGAGUGAUCGUUUGGACUCCUCUAUCUCGACCCUCGUUCCAACAGAAGACAAUCUACAAAACAGUCGCUCUUCGACCAGUGCAAUGAGCGCACUAGAUGAGAAGAAAGAAUCAAAGCUCACGGAAUCUCCUUCUUCCCCAUUAGGAGUCUUGGGACCUCGCAUAAGUCAUGAAUUGGAGUCAAAUAACCGAGCAAUAUCCGAGAAAGCUUCCCGUAAGGUCGAGCUUCAAAACCAGCGCGGGCGUCCAACACUAGUUUCGCUUUUUGGCGAGGCAUAUCUAUGGUGUCAAGAAACAUUCCCAACUGUCACAGCAGUAGUUGCCCAUCUUCCUUUCGCCCUUGUUCCAUUUGCGUUUUCAAUGUUCGUUCUUGUACAAGCGUUAGUGACCAAAGGAUGGGUCCCAGUAUUCGCUUACGGCUGGGACCACUGGGUUGACAAGACCGGUACCGUUGGGGCAAUUGGCGGGAUGGGAUUUCUCUCCUGUAUUCUAUGUAACUUUGCAGGCACAAACAUCGGCACCACAAUCCUUCUCUGUCGCGUAAUCCAAGCAUGGCAAGAAAUCCACCAUAACAAUGGUCUCCCCAUUAGCGAACGCGCUUUCUGGGGAACAGUAUAUUCGAUGGCUAUCGGAGUAAACUACGGAGCUUUUAGCACUGCUUUCAGCGCGUCGUUGGCUGGCUUGUUGUGGAGAGAUAUUCUGGGUCGGAAACAUAUCCAUGUUAGAAGGCUGGACUUUGCAAGGGUCAAUUUACCGAUUGUUGCGAUUUCUAUGGCGGUGGGUUGUGCGGUGCUUGUGGGCCAGAUUUAUGUCGUGAGGGGUAAUGGUCGUUAUGAUGCGUGAGUGGCAGGGAGGUGGCUUUUGAUCGUGGGAGAGGGGGAAAAUAGACUUUUUUAUGUAUUAUGAUGAGAUGAUUAGAAUUCACAUUUCUCGCUAGCAUUAUUCAUUCAAGGACUGGAUAAAUCAUUAUUGUCUCGACAACAUCUGAGGAAUUGCUCAGUGGUUGGUUGUUUGAUUUUAAUCAAUUUUGUUGCAGGCUUUGAUAUUUUGAUGAUAUUAAUUUACACAAUAGA